GGCCGCCGGGGGCGCCGCCGGCCCCGGGGCUGCACCGCCGCUGGGCCCCGCAGCCCGCGCCAGGGGCGGCCGCCGCCAGCCUGCUCUGGGUCGUGCAGGUGUCAGAUAUUCAUAUCAGCAAAUUUCGGGAUCCCAAACGAGCUCCUGACUUUGAAAAAUUCUGCUCUGAAACAAUUGAUGUAAUUCAGCCAGCACUUGUUCUGGCAACAGGUGAUCUGACAGAUGCUAAGACAAGGGAUAAACUGGGAUCUGAACAGGUAGAAGAUGAGUGGAAAACCUACCAGUCAAUCCUGAAGAGAUCAAGGGUCAUGGAAAAAACCAAGUGGAUAGACAUCAAAGGGAAUCAUGAUUCAUUCAACAUUCCACACCUGGAUAGUGUUCAGAAUUAUUACAGGAAAUACUCUGCCUGGCGUAAAGAUGGCUCUUUCCAUUACAUCCACACUACCUCUUUUGGGAACUAUUCAUUCAUCUGCGUGGAUGCCACACUCAGUCCAGGCCCUAAGAGACCCUAUAAUUUUUUUGGGAUUUUAAACGUGAAUCAAAUGGCAGAGCUGUCUUUGAUGGCAAAAGAAAGUCUACACAGCAACCAUACUAUCUGGUUUGGCCAUUACCCCACCUCAACAAUCAUCUCCCCAUCCCCUGGAAUACGAACACUAAUGAGUUCUGCCACAGCCUAUUUGUGUGGACAUCUCCAUACAAUGGGUGGGCUGAUGCCAGUCUUGCACAGUCAGCACUAUGGUGGUACUCUGGAACUUGAACUGGGAGACUGGAUGGAUAAUAGGAGGUACCGGAUCCUCGCAUUUGAUCAUGACCUCUUCAGCUUUGCAGAUCUUAACUUUGAAGAGUGGCCUGUAGUUCUCAUCACCAAUCCCAAAUCCUUCCUUUACAGCAGUUCUACUCAUGAACCAUUAGUCAAAAUUCUCUAUUCCACUCAUAUCAGAAUUCUGGCAUUCUCUCCUUCUGGCAUUAGCUCUGUUAAAGUCUACAUAGAUGGAGUUUACCUGGGGAAUGCACAUCAGGUGUCUGGCCCUCUCUAUGUGCUGAAGUGGAGCCCACAAAAUUACAGGGAAGGGUUCCAUCAAAUAGAUGUGACUGUCCAGGAUGCUUCAGGAAGAAUUGGCACACGAGGCCAUUUAUUUGGUAUGGAAGAAAACCUCUCUCUUAGAUUUGACUUUUGGCCAUCUGUUAUUCUUCUCACUGACCACUAUGUUCUAGCUCGAGUGCUCUUUGGACUGAUCGUGCUGAUUCAGAUUACCUUGCUUGUUGUUUUCCGACACCUCCAGAAGCCAGCACUCAAAGAAAAGCCAGGAUUACUUACUCUGACUUCGUAUUCUCUUCAUGUCUUCAGUAAAACAAACACCUUCUAUUACUCAAUUCUGUUUCUGAAUUUAUACACCAUUCUGGGACCAUGGUUUGUAGGUGAACUGAUAGAUGGCCAAAUGGGGGCCUGUUUUUCCUUUGGGGUUUUUGUUGGUGGUUCCUUCUUACAGGGCAGUAUGACAUUUGUGGUUGGGAUUUUACAGAUGGUGUUUUUCAACCUGCCAUUGAUGGCCUAUCUGUGCUGGUGCCUGUUGCUGCGAUGCCAGGGCCACAGCUUCCGUUCCCACAUCCAUCACGUCCGACGCCUCGUGGCUGUACUUGUUCACCUGGCAAUGGCCCUGCUCCUGGCCUGGCAGGUCUAUUCCUGCUAUUUCCUGCAGAGAACAUACGGCACCUUGGCGUUCUUCCUCUCCCCGAUGAGAACGUGGCUGGUGGCACUGACCGCAGCUCUCAUUUAUAAAACCUGGACACUGAAAUCAUCAGAGCUCAGAACUUACAUAACAGAGAUAAAAAACUGUCAAAGCUCCUGAAGUACAAUGAAAAGGCAACACAAUCCCAAAACAGCUGUCUGGAUGAAAGCCUCUGGAGUGAAGUCAGCAGGACUGAGCUGUAAGGAGAAAGGUAAUUUUGGCAGGGGAGAUCACAACCCCCCAACCACCAAGUGAAAACAGAUCCCCAAAUGGAAUGAGGGGGAAAGACGUGCACAUUUGGGAUAAUUAGCAUGGGAAACAAGAGAUAUAACUGGCAAAUAAGGGUCUGAGUACUAAUUAACGAAAAAGCCAUAUAAAUUGUAAACAAUAAAUGCUUUUUGUUUGCCAAAAUGUGUAAAUAGUGUAAAGUUUUGAUGAUGAUGGGCCAGACUUUUGUGGGUUGCCCCCUAAUUUCCUAGUUUGCACAGAAUACAAUAAAGAAAUAGAAAUUCCUCA